AGUGAAGAUGGCGGCUCAGAGAGUGAUGCUGUCAACGAGAGUUUGAGUUCGCUUCUCGAUUUUAAACUUAUUAAACCUUUAAGGAUCUUUUACGGAUAGCUGUAUCAAAGGAAACUGUAUCGGUUGCUGCUCCUGGUCAUUUAACAAUGGAAUCUCAUGUUCUUCCAGAACCUCUUCAUUUUGCAGCCCACGCUACAGCACACCUGUCAUUGUGAGAAAUUCAGUCUCAGGUCUUUGGCUCUGCUGAUAGACUCCCUCCAAUACGGUGUCUGAACACAAGCUGAGGUUCACACACUUCCACCCAGGACAAGUCAACCAGCACUGACCGAUUUAUCAAGCUCUCUGAUGACCAACUGCAGCUGCACAAAGUUGUGACUCAUUCAGCCCAAUGGUGAAUGCAUCAUUCAUGCUGUGGCUCUGCAGGGGGCAAUGUUCACCAUCCUGCUCCAGUGGUGAACACCCUCGGAGCACCCACUGAGGCCAGUGGGGCAAGUGGAGCAACGGGCUUGAAGCUCUCCAACAUUUUCCAAAUAGCCCUCUGCACUAAGAGGCACAUUCUUAUUUGAAAGCUUGGCACAAAGCAACGUAAAGAAGUCAGCAGUGAAACAGCUGGUCCUUUGUCAAGUGGUGGUGGUGGAGGAGGAGUGUCAGAAGUUAUCAAGAAACCCAAUCCUCUUAUCCCAGGCUCAAGACGCCAGCCAAGAGCAAGUGCACUCAGGGAACGUGUGGCGGGGGUGAAAGUGCUGGCUGACCUCAUUGGUGGACUGGGGGCUUGAGGCAGCAGUCAAAGCGGAGACACACGUCAUGGGCUAUGGGGGCCAUGGUGACCUAGCAUAAAUGGCUACUCCUGACCCAAAGCUUGUGCCGGUGUCUGCUGCUCAGCCCUACUCCUUUUUCCUUCUCUUUUCCUCUGUGUUAUCCUCCUCUUGCUCUGAACACUGCAACGGUCAGGCUCUGGGCCUCCCCUUUGCCCCCCUCUCUUCCCCAGUCCCACUUUUGAGUUGUGGCCAUGGGGCUGUGGAAGUUAGUGCGGGGCGUCCGGCAACUCGAGCUGCACCGCCUCAUUCUGGCUCUCAUCAUCUUCUGCCUGCUGUCCAUGGCUUUCCUGGCAUACUAUGUCAGCAACAGCCCUAAAAUAAAGGAAGCGCCCCCUUUGCCCUUCAGUGACUGUGGUGGGGUUGUUGCAGCCGCAGCAGGAGGGCAACGGGCUCCUCUUUUCCUGCCACCUUUUUCAGGCCGGCAGAGGACAGUUAAAGUGGUGGAUAACUCCCGAACGGAGCCUGUGGUACUGGUCUUUGUUGAGAGCAUCUACUCACAGCUCGGGCAAGAGAUUGUGGCUAUUCUGGAGUCCAGCCGCUUCCGUUACCACACAGAGAUUGCGCCCAGUAAGGGCGACAUGCCUACGUUGAUGGAGCGCGAUGUUGGCCGGUAUGCCUUAGUCAUUUAUGAGAACAUUCUGAAGUAUGUCAACUUGGAUGCUUGGAACCGUGACCUGUUGGAUAAAUAUUGCUCAGAAUUUGGUGUAGGCAUUAUCGGCUUCUUCAAAGCUAAUGAGAACUCACUGCUCAGUGCCCAGCUGAAGGGCUUCCCAUUGUUCCUGCACUCUAAUCUGGGCCUACGGGACUACCACAUUAACCCUGCUGCCCCAUUACUGUAUAUCACCAAACCCAAUGAAGUGGAGCAAGGCCUACUUCCCGGUGAUGAUUGGACAGUGUUUCAGUCUAACCACAGCACCUAUGAGCCUGUGCUCCUGGCCGUCACAAAGUCCUCUGAAGCACUGGCUCACCUAGGCCCCCACAGAGCCCUUCAUGCCACCGUAGUUCAGGACCUCGGGCUUCAUGACGGCAUUCAAAGGGUGCUUUUCGGCAACAAUCUGUCAUUUUGGCUGCACAAGUUGAUUUUUGUGGAUGCUAUAGCCUAUCUGACAGGAAAAAGACUCUGCUUGUCCUUGGAGAGAUACAUGCUGGUUGACGUGGAUGAUAUAUUUGUGGGAAAGGAGGGUACACGGAUGAAGGUGACAGAUGUGAAGGCUUUGCUCAACACACAGAAUAAACUCCGAACACUGGUUCCCAACUUCACCUUCAAUCUUGGCUUCUCUGGGAAGUUCUACCAUGCAGGUACAGAAGAGGAGGAUGAAGGAGAUGACAUGCUGCUGCAGCACCGGCAUGAGUUCUGGUGGUUUCCACACAUGUGGAGUCACAUGCAGCCUCACCUCUUUCACAAUGUCAGCGUGUUGGCAGAGCAAAUGAGGCUCAACAUGCAGUUUGCACAGGAGCAUGGUAUACCCACAGACAUGGGGUACGCUGUUGCGCCACACCAUUCAGGGGUGUAUCCUGUGCACAGCCAGCUGUAUGAGGCCUGGAAGAGCAUAUGGGGGAUCACGGUGACCAGCACAGAAGAGUAUCCACACCUAAGACCGGCACGCCAUCGCAGGGGCUUCAUACAUCGUGAUAUAAAGGUGUUGCCCAGGCAGACAUGUGGCCUUUUUACACACACUAUCUUCUAUAAUGAGUACCCAGGAGGUUCGCGAGAGCUGGACAAGAGCAUUCGUGGCGGAGAGCUGUUUCUCACUGUCCUCCUAAACCCUAUCAGCAUCUUUAUGACUCACCUGUCUAACUAUGGAAAUGAUCGGCUCGGCCUCUACACCUUUGAGUCUCUGGUGAAGUUUGUGCAGUGCUGGACAAACCUACAGCUACAGACUCUGCCUCCAAUGGAACUAGCCGAGAAAUACUUCCAGAUCUUUCCAGAGGAGAUGGACCCACUCUGGCAGAACCCCUGCCAUGACAAGAGACAUAAAGACAUCUGGUCCAAAGAGAAGACCUGUGAUCGACUGCCCAAAUUUCUGGUUGUUGGCCCACAGAAAACAGGUACUACAGCUUUGCACUCCUUCCUAACCCUUCACCCUGCCAUCACCAGCAACUUCCCCAGUCCAGUCACCUUUGAGGAGAUCCAGUUCUUCAACGGGCCCAAUUACCACAACGGCAUUGACUGGUACAUGGACUUCUUUCCCUUCCCCUCAAAUGUCAGCACAGACUUCAUGUUUGAGAAAAGUGCCAACUACUUUGACUCAGAGGUGGCUCCAAAUAGAGCUGCCGCCUUACUGCCCAGAGCCAAGAUCAUAGCAGUGCUCAUCAACCCAGCCGACAGAGCUUACUCGUGGUAUCAGCAUCAGCGAGCACACCAGGACCCCGCUGCUAUAAACCACACUUUCCAUGAGGUGGUAACAGCAGGUCCCUCUGCAUCUAAAGAGCUGCUGACCCUUCAGAACCGCAGCCUUAAUCCCGGGACUUACGCCGCACAUCUAGAGCACUGGCUCGUGCACUUCCAGGCCAGACAGCUUCAUAUAGUCGAUGGCACCCUGCUCCGCUCCAACCCAGUUUUGGUGAUGGACGGCAUCCAGCGCUUUUUGGGGAUCACCCCAAUCUUCAACUACACACAGGCCCUUGUCUUUGAUGAGGGUAAAGGAUUCUGGUGUCAGAGGCUGGAAGGUGGACGUCCGAAGUGUCUGGGGAAGAGUAAAGGCAGAAAAUAUCCUGAAAUGGCCCCUGAGACUCGUGCCUUCCUGACGGAGUAUUACCGGGAGCACAACCUGGAGCUGCUGCGGCUGCUGAAUCGGCUGGGUCAGGCGUUACCCUCCUGGCUCAGAGAAGAGCUCCAGAGCACCAGCUGGAGCUGAGAGGACGUCCAGUAUCUGAACGCCUGAAAAACCCUGUCCCCUCACUACAGAGGUACCAAAACCACUCUUCAAAUCCAUAGUAGCAGACGAAAUGGCUGACGGCUACGAGUGGACUGCAAACCUCAGCCUCUCGCUGCUGCCGAGGUGCUCACAUGACACGACGAAGACGAGGGAAUGCUGAGAAAUGUAGUCCCUCCUCUUCUCUUAAUGAGGAGACCUGCGAAUCAGGACCAGAAUGCACUAGCGGUGUGGACAAGCAUGUAUUUACUGGUGACUUAAAACUAAAACACACAAAGUCUAGCCUUGCUCAUCUCGUCUGAGGAAUGAUUGUAAAACAUUGUACAUUUAAAAGCGUUGUAUAUUUUGGGUCCGGGCGGGUGGGAUUGUAGAGAAUAGACAGCGUUUGUGUACAGCCAGAGCUCUGUUUGAGUAGGACGUUAAGAUGACGUGAGAAACCCAACAGCUCUUCUCCUCUCCGCACGCACAAACGCACAAAGCUGGAUCACAAACCAAACGGUCAGAACGUAUAUGCAAUUGAGGGAGCAUCUGUACAUGUCUGAAUCCAGUGGAAAGCUUUUAAUUCAAGUGUCUUAUCAGGUGUUUCCCUGUAUUUCUCCUAACCAUGCACUUUCCUUUACACUACACACACUGAUGUGUGGAAGUCGAUGCAGGCGCUGUGGCAGAUGUGUGUUGUAUGUCAGGAGCUGUGAAAGCAGGAGAGGAGAAGGGCUGAGCUGGGCUUUGUAAACUGUCCUACACAAGGAGAGGCAUCUGUUUUGUCCUUUUUUUGUAAAAAAAAAUGUAUUUUAAAAAAACUCAACGCUGUAUUAUCUCUAAUAAACUCUUAGAGAGGUUGGA